AUGUCGUUUACCGGAUUUAGUGAAGAAGAUUUGAGGCGGAUUAAGUCAUCGGAAUCAACUCCGAAUACCGAUCCUCAAAAGGUAUUAGCACCUAAAAAAUAUAAUACCCUAUUUGGUAAUUCAAGAGCUGCACCUGUUUUAAAUAGACAGUUACAACAAAAAAAUCAAUUGUUUAAUAAGCAAGGCUCCGAAGACUCUUUUCAUAAGGCUUUUGAUAAAUGCAAACUCAGUUUGAAAUCUCCAACAUUGCAGCCUGAAAUUGAUAAUGUUAUUACAUCUGAAAAUGUUAAUGAGCAAGUAGAUAAUAACGAAGUGGCAGUACUCAAUGCAAAAACGUAUGAAGAAAAUGGUAAUGUCAUAUCUACAAAUGAAAACGUUUUGGAGUCUACUUUAACAGAUAGUAAUUUGAACAUUUCAAGUAGAAAGAACAGUGCAAGUGUUACUCCGGAUGUGGUGAAGUGCGUAGAUAAUUAUACAGAAGAUGAAUUAGCGACUCAUCGAAUUAAGUUAGAACAAUUGCAGCUACAACAAAAGUUGAUGGAAGAACAAAAUAAGAAAAGGAAAGAAAUGCUUGCCAAGGCAUUGGCUGACAGGACAAAACAAACAGAAGAGGAAGUGCAAAAGUUAGAGAAGAUAAAGAAAGAAUUACAAAUAAUGGACGGACAGUUCUCACAGGACGUGUCUGUUCUGAGGAAGAAAAUAGAUCAGGCGUGCUCUAGUUAUGCUGAGGCAGAAAAACAUUACUUAAAAGUAGAAAAGGAGUUUCUACAAGCAAAAAUAAGUCUACAAAAGGAGAAAGAGAAAAAAGAACUAUUGACUGAACAUCUUUGUGCCUUAAUAACUCACAAUGAAACUAGGAAGGCUCAGAAAUUAGAAACUCUUAUGUUGGAAUUAGCUAGCGAUAAAAAGAAGGAUAUACCUAAUGUGCCAAUAGAUGAUGAAGAACCCAUCGUAAUACAUGGUGUUGAUGAAAGGACGGGUAAAAUCAUGGAGAUUGUACCGCAGAGU